UUUGUGUGCUGAGCCAUCUGCGAUCGAACGUUUUGCGUGCGCCACGUUGACCCGUCGCCGUGCAGUAGUAGUAUUUUAGUAGUGUAAAAUCAAGGUUCGUUACGUUACGUUUAUAUUUGAUGAUUGUUGACCGCCGGUGAAUUGAACUUAUUGUGCGUCUUUUAUAUUAUUAUUAUUUACGAAACUGCCAUCUUCCCCGUGUGCACUCAUCGUUGUUGUUGCUAUUGUUUAGUGCGCGGUAAUUCGUGUGUUAAUUGUUUCUAUUUUCGUGUUGUUGUUUAAGAGAGAAAGGCGGACACGUGUGUCGUCGUACGGACAAUAUUUCCGGAUUGAUGUGCAUGCAGAGUGCGUAAAUACGCAUUCUGCUAGACAGUUUGUCAAAAUUCGCGUCAAAAACAGGGAACCCGUGCCGGUGUAUGCCAUGGAGAUGGACCCUCACGAACGGGAUAGCGAAUUAGGAGACGACAGCCCGUCGCAACACGAUGAAGACAUUAGCGAAGGAGAAGUUGAUUCGACACGUGAAAACGAAGAUGCCGACAGUUGCGACGAAGUCAGACGACAUACAAAUAACAUUCUUGCCGAUCAUAGUGAUGUACUUGCCAAACUCAAAAUGCAGGUCCGAGACAUCAAAGUUCAGGAGGACUACGACUUAAACAGGCACCUAACAAUCUCGACACAUCGGAACAUGACAAUGCCGGACGGUUUUCAGCUUCCAGUUUCAUUUCCGUUUCCGCAUCCAGUGGCAGCGUUCCUACCACCAAUGACAACGCAACCUCCUCAGGCACCAUCUUCAGGAAGUCCACAUUCUUCGGAUGGCAGCGCGUCGUCACAGCAGACGUGGUCGUUUGAGGAACAGUUCAAACAGGUGCGUCAGUUAUACGAAAUUAACGACGAUCCCAAAAGGAAGGAGUUCCUUGACGAUCUCUUCUCAUUUAUGCAGAAACGAGGGACUCCAAUAAAUCGGUUACCAAUAAUGGCCAAAUCAGUAUUGGAUUUGUACGAAUUGUACAAUUUGGUUAUAGCUAGAGGGGGACUGGUAGAUGUGAUAAACAAGAAAUUGUGGCAGGAAAUAAUCAAAGGACUACACUUACCAUCCUCUAUUACGUCAGCUGCUUUUACGUUAAGGACACAGUAUAUGAAGUACUUGUACCCAUACGAAUGUGAAAAAAGGCGGUUAAGCACCCCCGCGGAAUUACAAGCAGCGAUAGAUGGUAACCGAAGGGAGGGCAGACGAAGUAGUUACGGUCAAUACGACAACGUCCAAAGGUCACCCAUUCCUUCCACCCAAAUGUCACCCCUUACCCUCGUGUCUCAACAACAACAAUUCGCAGCCCGUAUGAACUCGGUAAUGAGUGGGGGUGUUAGUUUGCACAACGGAGCACAUCACCCAAGCCACCCUCAGCCCAUGAGUCAACCCUUAAAUGGCGGACCCAUCCCUGGUCUUGCUCCAAGUGAGUUCGAAGCUAGGAUGAUGGAAUACGUUAAACUAUUAAACAAAGAAAUGCGAAAUUCCGCAUCCACGCCUCCAAGACAAGGAGACAUGUCACCACCAAGUGCAACGUCACCCCUCAACCCCUUGGAAAUGUCACGAAUGACGCUGUGGAACUUGUAUAAUAAUAACCAUCAGGUUGUUCAUGAACCUCAGAAGGAAGCCUUGAAUCUCUCGGAAACGAACCAGUUGCAAUCAUCGCCUCACCCACCCCUCGUCAAGAGGGAAUCCGAACGGGAAUCUCCGCCUCCACCCACGAAAAAAUUCAUAAAGGACGACGCAGACAAUAAAUCUCUAUCGCCAACAACACAUAUUAAAAUUAAUAGUCGAGGUAAGUGCGUACCAGUUUCUAAAAAUAAAAAUUAA